GCAAAGAAGGGAGAACAAUUCAUUGAUGUCCCUUAUGUUGUGAAGGGUAUGGAUGUGUCAUUUAGUGGCAUAUUGAGCUUUAUUGAAGCUGCGGCGAUUGAAAAGCUUAAAAAUAAUGAGUGCACACCUGCGGACCUAUGCUACUCAUUGCAGGAAACUAUCUUUGACAUGCUUGUCGAAAUUACUGAACGUGCCAUGGCACACUGUGAUUCAAAGGACGUUCUUAUUGUUGGUGGCGUCGGUUGCAACGAACGUUUACAGGAGAUGAUGAAGAUUAUGUGCUCAGAAAGAGGGGGUAGGCUGUUUGCAACUGAUGACCGCUAUUGUAUAGACAAUGGGGCAAUGAUUGCAUAUACUGGUUUACUGGCAUAUGCACAUGGCAUGACCACUCCCCUUGAGGAGUCGACAUUUACACAAAGAUUCCGAACUGAUGAAGUUCAUGCAAUUUGGAGAGAGAAGGAGAUGCCGGUGCUAAAUAACACCCAUUCAGAUGCAAUUGCUGAAGUUUCUAUAGAUGAAGCCUCCAUGGCGACACCAAUCGUUAUAGAUUACUGAGGUAUAAUUGGCCUUUACAAUUUUGUCUUGCUGCUAAUGUUUUUGCAUGAUAGCUAAUGCAAUUUGGAUUGCUGGAGACAAUCGCUACCAAUUACUCUCCCUCUAUUCCAAACUCUAAGACAUUUUGCUUUUCUAGAUGCAUAGUGUUUGCUAUGACCCUGUUUGGAACCUCUAGAGCUAAUACUGCUAAAAUUAGUUGUAUAGGUUUCAAACACCCACAACUAAUAUCCCAAUUAUUUGUUAGCUAACUCACAGCUAACAAUUAGUUCAUUAGCUGACUCAACCCAGCUAACAAUUUGUUAGCUAGCUAACUAAUAUCUCUAGGGGUUCCAAACAGGAACCUAUGUACUUAGGUGUACACUAUGUCUGUUACGUACAACACAUUAAUGGAUGGCAUUUGCAUUGAUGUUCUUGAUCGAGCUAUGAUACUUACUGGCAGGCUUAUUAAAAUGGCUUUUAAGCCAAACACUAUCACACUCAACGUUUUCCUUUCUCAUUUCUGCAAGCAAGGAUUUGGGAAUAGAGCCCUCAUGUGGGCUGAGAAGCUCAGAGAAGAUUCUUUUGUUUUUUAUGGUGCUACAAGAAAUAUAAUUGACUGGGCACGAAGGGAAAUGGAGGAUGACCCCUAGGCUAACAACGAGGACAUAGGAAGAUGCAUGUUUCUUGAGUUCUUAAUGUUCAUGACAUAUGAGGCUAUGCUCAGCAACAGAUCCUCAAAGGCUACACAUAUGCUUACAGAAAAAGGUUUUGAUCCUGCUAGCAACAGCAUGAUUAGAAAGGAGGUGAAAAUGGGAUUGGCUGUAAUUGAUUGUUUAUUGCUGAACCAGACCUUCCUGAUUGAUCCCAAAUACCCCUCCUUUUGCCUAAUUAACCCCUGUUACGAGCGCCUAUAAAUGUUCCCGACCGUAACAAUAGCUCAAGGUUACACCUGGAAACUGGGGAGAAAAGGAAGAUGUAAUUCAGUCUGAGUUUUAUAAUAUGUUAUUUAGGUGAUCAUUAAGAUAGAUGGAAA